AUGGCACACAAGGAAGAAAGGAAAACGAGCAUGCAUUUAGGACGCAUUCAACAAGGGAAAGAUGAAUCAUUAAGGAGUUAUGUGAAACGUUUCAACCUAGAGGCCGGGCAGAUCCCAGACCUACCCGACGGCGUCGCUUUUGAUAACUUUAUCAGAGGACUGAAGAAAGGGUCCUUCAAGUUUUAUUUAGUUAAGAAGAGUGUGCGGACUAUGGCCGAAGUUCUAGACGAGGCUGAAGCAUUCAUUCACGCAACGGAAAUAUGCAGCGCGUCCAAGGAUGGAAAGACAGGUGAAGCAACAGACUCCCCAGGAAAGAAGGAUAAGAUAGACCGAAAAGCUCCACGGGUAAAUGGCACUUGGGCUCUGUCAAAAGAGCAUGAUAACUCUCCUAGGCACAAGAGAGAGCGUCCGCAAGAAAGAGAAUAUUUCGAGUAUAACACAGAUCUCCUCACAAUCCUAAAAGACGUUGGGACACGGUUUGAUCUUGAACGGCCUUUUCCUAUGAAGUCACCUGCUGAGAGUCGAGACCCUAAGAUGUAUUGCCAGUUCCACGAGGAUAUAGGGCAUGACACCAAGAACUGUAGAAGCUUAAAGAGAGCCUUAGACGGCCUCGCCUCUAAAGGACACCUCAAAAAUUACUUACAGAGAAAUGCUCACGGCUCGGGAAAGAGCCAAUACAAGAAGAACAAGUCCCCUGCCUCACCUACAGAGGGAAACCACAGCGAAGGAGGAUUUGUAGCCGUCAUUUCUGGGGGGGCCAGCUGCUGGAGGACCCACUAUAAGGGGACAGAAAGACUACGCCCGCCGCCUAGGACACGUGAUGUUGUCAGGAAAGUCAUCUGUAGACCCGUUCCCUCGGAUUAA